GUUGUACUUAUGUCAAACAGCCAAGAUUUAGAGAAUACUCCUCAAAAUGAGAACAAUGUGUAUGUUCAUGAAGGAGGUGAAAUUAAGAGGAAAGAGAGCUUAUUUGACAAGCGAUCUCGCUCACUAAAGCUUUCAUGGCAUAACUUAAGCUAUACAGUUAAGGCUAAAUACACUAAAGAAGAAAGAGCAAGGCUCGGAGUACAAGAGAAAUAUUACGAUAAAGAAAUAGUCAAGAAUGCUUCAGGCUAUUGUGAACAGGGUGAUGCUCUGUUUAUCAUGGGAUCUUCUGGAGCAGGAAAAACAACUCUUUUGAAUAUCCUUUCGGACCAAAUCUCUCUGAAAAAUGCAGCUUUAUCAGGGCAGGUUCUGAUCAACGACUCAAUUAGAGUCACAAGUGAUAAUUUCGGGUCAUAUGCUGCCUAUAUUACUCAGGAAGAUUACCUUUAUGAGUCCUUCACUUGUGAGAAAUGUAUUGAGUUUGCAGCCAGGCUGAGGCUUAACCUCACGAGAGAGGAGACUUCAGAAAGAGUUGAUGAAAUCAUUGAGAAAAUGGGGCUUCAGAAAUGUAGGAAAACUAUGGUCGGAAGUGAAGCAAUCAAAGGUCUUAGCGGUGGAGAAAAAAGAAGAACUUCUAUGGCAGUCGAGCUAGUGACCAACCCAGAGAUUUUGUUCCUUGACGAGCCUACGUCUGGUCUUGAUAGUUUCACUGCUCAGAAGAUAGUCUCGCUUCUGAUUGAUUUUGCGAACCGAGGCAAAACUGUGAUCGCAACAAUUCAUCAACCAAAUUCAGAAGUGUUCCAAAAAUUUCCGAAAUUACUGUUGUUAAUGGAUGGUCACACAAUUUAUCAAGGGAACACUAUGGAAAGUGUUGAACAUUUCAAAUCGAUAGGACAUCAAGUCCCCGAGUUCUCAAAUCCUUCUGAUUACUACUUGAAGGAGUUCUACAUCAGUUUCGAAAGGACUGAAGAAGAGCAGAAGAAGAUGAAUGCUCUCGUUGAUGGGUAUAACAGAGAUAUUCUUCCUAAAAUAGAAUCAGCAAUGGAAAGUCGAAAUUAUGACCAAGUUACUGAAAAAGAAUUGCAGAAGGGAAUGACGAAGGCUAGCUUUUUGCUUCAGUUCUGGAUACUCUUGUGUAGGUCUGCUUACAAUGUAUUCUUCCAUCCGAUGAUUAUAAAGUUUAAGACAAUAGGAAUUUUGACUAUUGCCCUCGUCUGUAUGGCUGUUCUUUGGGAUCCAGGAGAGGAUCGGGAAGGAAUCAGAGGAACAAUUGGAUCUUUCCUAUUUAUCACAGCUACCUUCACAUUUGCCCCGAUAGCUACUACCACUAGGUCUUUCUCUGCUGAGAAACCUGUUUUUAUGAAAGAAUAUGGCAAUAAGACUUAUGGGUUGAUCCCUUAUGCAAUCUCAAACUCUCUAGUUGAGAUUCCAUUUGAGUCAACAUAUGCCUUAAUAUUUGCUAUUAUUGUGUACUUUUCAAUGGGUUUGGAAGCUGAAGUAGGCAAGUUUUUCAUUUUCUUGUUUGCCAUCACUCUGAACUCCUUCUGAGCUAUGUCAAUGGGGUUAUUCCUAUCUGCUGCUGUGCCUAACGAGGAGUCUGCUAUUGCAUUGACAAACUUGUUUGUUGCGCCAGCACUUCUGUUGUGUGGAGUUCCAGUCAAUCUUGGAACCCUUGAUCCAUGGGUUGGAUGGCUAACAUACAUUUCUCCUCUAAGGUACACAGUGGAGAUCCUGAUCAGAAAUGAAUAUGAAGGAAGGUCAUUCUCAGAAAUUGAGAAUCCAAUUAGCUCUUUGGACUACAACCUCAAUAUCCCAUUCAACUUUGCGAUUCUUGGAGUGAUGAUUCUGACAUUCAGAGGUUUGGCUGUUCUAUUUUUAAGGAUCACAUCUAAAAGAUAA